GGUCCCACAUUUAUUUGUCGAUUUGACUCAGUCCAUCAAGAACAUCAAAACGCUGUCGUUUUACUAAGAAAAAACAGCAAUCCUGAACCCUGAUAACCGUUGCAUGCCAUUCUUUUUCUAAUCACCCACGCGUCCAUGUCUUCCAACCGUUUAAGCCCCAUUUUCCCACCCAUCUCAAAGAUUCCCACCAACUCAUUAAUCUCAACUUCAAGAACUCUACUGUUUAGACUUUAUCAUCAUCAUCAUCAUCAUCAUUAAACUCUCAAAAACAAAAACAGAAAUAAAAAUAAAACCCGUUUGUUAUCAAUCAAGAAUAUCAAUCACUAGCUAUGCCACCGUCAAGAAAGCUUCUUGUUUUCUUGUUUCUUUUCACUAUCUUCAGCUUCAAAGAUAACCCUUUUCUUGUAUUAGCCAAUAAGAAUGUUAUUUUUGAUUUCUCUUCUUUAACUCUCCGCAACCUCACUCUUCUCGGUGACUCCUUCCUCCGACACGGUGCCGUUGGUCUUACACGCGAUGUCACUGUCCCUUCUUCAAGCUCCGGUACUGUAAUCUAUAACUACCCAAUCCCUUUCUUUGACUCAGAAACUAAUAUCACCGCUUCUUUUUCGACAAAAUUCACUUUCUCUAUUACUAAUGUGAAUCCAAGUUCUUUUGGCGAUGGUUUAACCUUCUUUCUUUCACAAGAUAAUCAAACUCUUGGGAGUCCAGGUGGGUUCUUGGGUCUUGUUAAUUCUUCUCAAUUGACCAAGAAUAAUUUUGUUGCUAUUGAGUUUGAUACUAGACUUGAUGCUCAUUUUGAUGACCCAAAUGAGAAUCAUGUUGGUUUAGAUAUUGAUAGUGUUGAUUCAGUCAAGACUGCUAAUCCAAUCUUGCAAGAUAUUGAUUUGAAGAGUGGGAAUUCAAUUACUGCCUGGAUUGAUUACAAGAAUGAUUUUAGAGUCUUGAAAGUAUAUUUGAGCUAUACGAAUUUGAAGCCAGAAAAGCCUGUAUUGACUGUAGGUAUUGAUCUUUCUGGGUAUCUUAAGGAGGUUAUGUAUGUUGGUUUUUCUGGUUCUACUGAAGGAAGCACUGAGCUUCACUUGAUUGAAAGUUGGAGCUUUAAAACAUCUGGGUUUCUUCCUCCGAGGCCUAAACUUCCUCAUAAUGUGUCUGAUAGUUCAGUGAUAACUACUACACCCUCUAUUCCUAUUUCAAGGUCUGCAGAUAAGCAUAAUAAAGGGCUUGGUUUGGGUCUUGGGAUUGCUGGUCCUGCUUUCUUUUGUGUGUUCUUGGUGGCUUUUGGGUAUUUCUCUAUCAAGAAAUGGCAGAAAAUCAAGAUGGUGAAUAGCCUAAAAACAGAGUUAGUGGCAGGCCCAAGGCAAUACAGUUAUAAAGAACUUAGUUUAGCCACAAGAGGAUUUCAUUCAAGUAGAAUUAUAGGCAAAGGGUCAUUUGGGGAUGUGUAUAAAGCUUACUUUGUCUCUACUGGCGAUAUUGCAGCAGUUAAGAGAUCAAAGCAUUCCCAUGAAGGUAAAGCUGAUUUCCUCGCUGAAUUAUCGAUUAUAGCUUGUUUAAGGCAUAAGAAUUUAGUUCAGUUACAAGGUUGGUGUGUUGAGAAGAGUGAAUUGUUACUUGUUUAUGAGCUUAUGCCUUAUGGAAGCCUUGAUAAAAUGCUAUACCAAGAAUCUGAGCAUGGCACAUUGUUAUCUUGGUCUCAUCGAAAAAAUAUUGCCAUUGGUUUGGCCUCUGCAUUGACAUAUUUGCAUCAAGAAUGUGAGCAGCAGGUUAUUCACAGAGACAUAAAGACUAGUAAUGUAAUGCUGGAUGCGAAUUUCAAUGCCAGGCUUGGUGAUUUUGGAUUGGCAAGGCUAAUGGAUCAUGAUAAAAGUCCUGUUUCAACACUUACUGCUGGAACAAUGGGGUAUUUAGCUCCUGAAUAUCUUCAUUAUGGAAAAGCAACAGAAAGAACUGAUGUUUUUAGUUAUGGUGUAGUGAUGCUUGAGCUGGCUUGUGGCAUGAGACCAAUUGAAAGAGAACCACAAAGCCAAGAGAUGGUAAAUUUGGUUGAUUGGGUGUGGGGAUUGUAUGGUGAGGGAAAGAUCAUUGAAGCAGCUGAUAAAAGAUUGAAUGGAGAAUUUGAGGAGGAUGAAAUGAGGAAUCUAUUACUUAUAGGAUUGAGCUGUGCUAACCCAGAUAGCAUGGAGAGACCUACAAUGAGACGAGUCCUGCAAAUUCUUAAUGGUGAGGCUGAGCUUGUGGUUGUACCAAAGAUGAAACCAACUCUCACUUUCUCAUGUGGUUUGACAUUGACUCUUGAAGACAUUGUUUCUGAGUGUGAAUAGUUCAUUUCAAGAUGCCUGCUCUGUUGUGCUUUUGAUUGUAUCUGACCCGAGUAGCAUUUCUAGUUUUCUUAGACAAAGACUAUUGAUUGUUUGAUUCUUUCAUAUUUUUAAUUUUUUACCUUCCGAGUAGCAUUGGAUACAAAGACUUGUGUAGUCAGUUGCAUCCAAUAGUUAGAGAUUGUAGGAAUUCGUCAGCCUUAGUUCAAUACUGUUAGAUUGAACUAUGUACUCUCUAUUGUAUCCUGCACAUAGAUGAGUUUCUUGAACCCUUUUAAUAUGCUUUUGAUCUUUCCAAAUAAUUGAUUAAUAAGUAUUUCUAUGUU